AUGAAAAAGUACAACGACAGCCCUGUGGAUUGGAUCUUCAUCGCCGUUUUUCGUCAGGUGAUGUCUGGUGUGGCAAGCUGGCAGUCCCCGUUGGCCUUCUGGGGCACCGAGGCGUACGACGGCAUGCUGGAGGUUGCCCAUGCACAGCAGUGGGGAAGAACUUUGCAGGAAACAGAGGACAUGGAUGGACUAGGGACGUUUUCUUGA